CACUGCUGUUGUGGAUGUUGCGACAACGAUUUUUAACAGAAAAUUUAGAAAAUGAACCUUCUCUGUAGCUAGGGGCCAAGAAUUUACUGAGAAUGAAUUCAAACAACAUGAGGAUGCAAGGUAGCAAAGUUGAUGCGGCCUCUGUUGUUGCCACACUUAAUGAAUCGUCAUAUGUAGAUCUACCUUCGUCAAAGUUGGAUAGUGAAGAAAAUUUAGCAAAAGGAAAAAGUAGUAAUGUUACUCUAGAAGCAAUACACAUCCGACCAAAUUCAUUACGAGAUAACAAAUCCAUGCAAACCUUCAACAGCUUGAUAGAAAUGAGACCAAAGCGAAAAACAAAAGCGCACCGAAAACCAAAAAAAGCUAAAAUUACAAACCCAUCACCCGUUAAACGUAAAAUUUUAACACGGAAAUCGAAACACGAUGAUAGAUACACAUCAGAACAUAAAAUAUUGAAAGGUGAACUAUUAGAACUAAUCAAAGAAUUAAACGAUUCCGAAGAGGACAAAAUGGAAGAUAAACUAAGAGAGGUUUUAUGUAAAAUAUUAAAUUGCAUAUUAAAGCAUAGGAAACAAAGCAAUUCCAAGGACAGUUUGAUACACGAUUUGAUAAAACAAUGUGACAUUGAAAAUGUAGCUAACAUUGGUACAGAAUCCGUUGAUUUUAAUAAAGAAACACUCGAUCUUGUUUGGCAAAAAUAUUCCAAUGAAGCUACCAAAAUACAGCGCGUUAUAAAAGAUGAUAUGCUACCAAUACUCAAAUAUCAUUUAUUCAAAGAACAUGAAAAUAAAGUGGUCAACUAUAUUUUGUCAAAAAUAAUCAAAGACAUCGUUGAGGUUGUAUCAAAAAUUGAAUACAAAUAUUUAGAAGAGUCGAGAAAUAGUUUUCAACAUCUACGUCAUUUAGGAAAACCUAAAGUAAUCGAUAAUAAAAAAUCACAACAUCCGUAUCAAAGACCACAAGAGCAAAGCAAGAAAUAUCGUCGCUAUCCCAUGGCCUUAAGAAACUUGGUUAAAACUAAAACGGUCGAUAAUUUAAAUCAAAAUAUUAACAAUCAGUCUAACGACUCCAUCGAUUUAGAACUACAGAGUAUAGUAAACAUAUAUCAGGUUUUGAAAAAAAUACAUUCAUCUUCAGAGUUUCAGGCAAACUAUGUUACAAGUAUGCUCUUAAACAGAUUUUGUACAACAAAAGCUUAUGAUAAUGAGUUGAAAAAUUGUCACAAAAAGUCCCGACUUUGUUUGUUGCCAGCAAAAUGUAUAUCUGACACGUACAUUAUGAUCCACGAUUCAUCUCGAAAUAAAGCAAUACUUACAAAGAAAAAAAUGGAUAAGAUGAAUUUACAUGGCAGUACAAAAAUAUUAACAAGUAUUAAAAAUAAACAGAUAUUAGAAUUAGAAAACGUUACUACUGAGGAAAAAACGCAAACCACAUGUCAAGAUGCAGUACAUGAAAAUGACGUUGCAUCAACUUCAUUAGCGAUAGACGCACCGGAUAAAGAAAAUGAUUCAACAAAAGAAAGUUCACCACAAAAUCAUGACACCAUACCACAGCAAAUCGAGAAUAAAAUAAGACAGUGGUUUAUGAAAUUUGGAAUUUAUACAAUACAAAAUAACGUUUGUUACGACAACGUUUUAAGAAAUCUGACAGAAGAUAUAACUACACAAUUAACACUACUGAAUCAACAAUCAACCGAUACAUCUAGAGAAUCUAUUGCAGAUUAUCUAAAAUGCGUCAUCUGUAAGCAUUUGUUCCUUCCGAUGACCGGACGAAACUUUGAGUUGGCUCAUAAAUUAUCCCAAUUAACAAAAGAUGUUCUAAACAUUUUUAAUUUGAACACACUUGAGAAUUGUCAAACAAAAAUUUAUCACGAACAGUCAACUGCUACAACUGCUUUUAAAUCUCAAGAAAAUGAUUGUAACAUACCAAAACCUCCCACUUUAUUACCAGGAUCUUAUUAUAAAGCAGAUAAAAGCAUAAUAAAAGAUAUUUAUUCAAGAAUAAUGUUUUGUGACGAAAAUAUACUUAAAAUACUUCCUAGAGAUUUGCUGAAACAGGAGGCAGAAUGUAACUGUGGGGAAAAUUGCAGAAGUGCCAAAUGUAAGAACCGCAAGAAAAAUGUAAAUAAAGACGAUAAUAAAAAUAAAACUGGUGAUUUAAAAAUAGUACUUACAACCACAAACACAAAUAAUUCUGAAAAUACUUCAAAUACAACAAAUACAGCGAACGACAGUGCUAAUGAUCCGAAUUCUUCGAUUCAGCCAAACCAGAAUAAUGUCAAAGAUAUACCAGAAAAUGUAACGAGACAGCAAUUGCAUGAGUAUUGUGUGGAGACAUUUCGUAAUUACUGUAAAGAACUGCCUAUUCUAGCCACUAAUCCUGACUUGACAGAGUUGGCCAGGGAAGGAGUACUACACAACAUUUUAAAACUUUUCUAUAUGUUAAUAGAAGACUCGCAUAUCGAAAACGAUUACACGUACUUUCAGUUUACUUUUGAAGGCGAAAUCGAUGGCCUCUUAGAUAUUCUACCUCAAACGGAGGAAAUGAAGAAAAUGAGACAAGGAUGGAAAGCAAAAAUAGUGAUGGAAUCAGUUAAGAUACUUAAAUUUAUGCACAAAACAAAGGAUGACACAGCAUUCAAGCAGAAACUGAAUCAAGUAUCAGACAGACGCAAGUUAAUGGUAGAACAAAGAUUAGACGAUGAAUACUCUCAACAAUUAAAUGCUUUAAGAAUUGCGGAAAAAUUUAUGGCCACAACUAACUAUCGUGAACAAAAUCCUCUCAAAAUAAAAGUUUACAUGCAACGGUUAAUGAACCGAACAAACCAGAUAUACGAAUGUGUAAAAAGAAAAGAAGGAAAACCAUUUUUAGAGUUACCGAUAGAAAGUAUAAAUGAAAUAGUAUUUAAAGAACUUCAAGGUGUACCAAUUCCUAAUAAUGAUAUCGAAAAGCAAGAAAUUAAUCUUGUGGAAAUAAAUAACGAGAUAGAAGCCUGGUUCAACGAAUUACCUGUAGCGCCAACGGAAGGAAUGAAUGUCAACAAAAUAAAGAUAUUGAAACAAUCACUAGCUAACAAAAUUCAUGGCUUGGAUAUGAAUUUGAGCUUAGAUACCGGGGCCGAAAGAGAGAUGAAACAGGAGAUCAGUAUGUUUUUAUCUGAUAAGGCUGUUGGGCUUGAAAAAGAUCAAGAUUUAAAUAUUAAUUAUAUGGUUGAAGAUCUUGCUAGAAGAUUGAAACAAAGGCGAGAGCGAGAAAAUUCCUUAGAUUAUGAAUCAUUUAAAAAACACGUUCCAUUCAAUUCAAGUAUUCAGAAAAUUGAGAAUUCAGUAAAUGGCUCUUCACAAGCUCACGAUUUUGAUAAAGUGCCGUACAGUUAUCAAAAUAUAAGAAUGUCUAAAAAUAAUGAAAGAGUUCGUUUUGAAGAUGAAUUUCCAAAUCAAGAUAAAAUAGUAAAAUUACAACCAAUGAGAAGAUCUUCUAAAUCACAAUAUGGUGGCCCUUCUAAUGGUGCUUUAUCCACAGCACAGACGGCGCCUCCUUACGGAAAACCUGUAAAUUACAACAGUGUCCGUGACGAGAGAUACGACUAUGAUAUAGAUUACGAAAGAGAAAGGGAUCCAAGCAGACUUCGAUGGUAG